AUGGCAGAGUCCAGCGCUGCCGUCGACCAGUCCACGGCGGAACAGGGAACUGACAUCGCCAUGGCGAAGCGAGUGUUACGCAAGAUCGACAUGCGACUCGUGCCCUUGUUAUUCUUCACGUACAUGCUCAACUUCAUGGACAAGACAAUUCUCUCCAGCGCCUCUGUCUUUGGUCUAUCCGAAGAUACGGGCCUAGUGGGGCAACAGUAUAGCUGGGUCUCUUCAAUCUUCUACUUUGGCUAUCUAGCAUGGGCAUAUCCGACUACGCUGCUGAUUGCCCGCCUGCCGACUGCCAAAUAUUUGACUGCCAACACCCUGUUCUGGGGCGCUGUGGUUGCGCUCACUGCGGCGUGUACCAACUUUGCUGGCCUCAUGACGGUUCGCUUUCUACUUGGAGUCGCCGAGGCAACUAUUACUCCGGCAUUUAUGUUCAUCACGUCGACUUGGUAUACGCGCGAUGAGAUCCCCACGAGGACGGGCAUGUGGUUUGCUGGCAACAGUGUUGGCGGGAUUGCUGCUAGUCUUAUUGCAUAUGGACUGGGACAUGCCGAUGAUCAUGUCAGGCCCUGGAGGUGGAUGUUCAUCGUCCUCGGGAUUAUGACCUUCCUCUGGGCAUUCGCCAUCUGGAUGUUGCUCCCGGAUUCCAUUUCGAGUGCCAAAUUUCUCACAGAAGAGGAGCGUCAGUUCGCAGCUAAUCGAGCUGUCAUCGCUGGCACGGGUGCGACCGAGAAGACUGCGUGGAAAUGGGAUCAGGUUGUCGAAUGCCUUAUGGAUCCAAAAACCUGGCUCCUUUUCGGAUUGGAAAUUCUUACGCAGAUUCCGAAUGGAGGGACCCAAAACUUUGCAAACCUGGUGAUCAAAUCUUUUGGAUUUACGAGUCUCCAGUCGACGUUGAUCACUAUCCCUUACUCUCUUAUCACUGUGACCGCGAUCACUGGCUCCGGCUGGCUUGCUGGUCGUUUCCGCCAAAUGAACUGUCUGUUAAUCAUUGCAGUCAUCCUUCCAUGUGUCAUUGGCAGUGCGAUCAUUUACUCUCGUUCUCACGUUGUGCUGGGGGUUCAAUUAUUUGGCUACUUCCUUCUUUCAACUGGCCCAGCCGCAAUGCCACUCACAAUGUCGCUAGUACAGGCCAAUUAUCGCGGAGUGACGAAGAAAAUGACCAUGACAGCUUUGCUUUUCCUGGCAUACUGUGCAGGAAAUAUUUCAGGACCCCAAUUCUUCCUCAGCCGUGAAGCCCCCACAUAUAACACCGCGUUCCGGGCAAUCAUGAUUUGCUAUUCACUGGCUGUGCUUCUUGCACUGGCGUUGCGCUUUUAUUUGCAGUGGAUGAAUGCUCAGCGCGUGCGAGUGGAGGGCUUUGAAGGAAGUGCUGGGAAUGCCGGCGCAGUCGGUGGUGGUAAGGUUUUAGAUGUUGAUCCGAACGCGAAGAACGUUGGCCAAAUGGUGAAUCAGGUUCAAUUGGUUUCAAACGACUAUGAAGAUAUCACGGACUGGAAAACGCCAGGGUUUAGGUAUCGAUUCUGA